GGUAAAAUACUAGUAUACUAUACUAGUCAUCCCCAAAUGGAUCUUGUCUACAUCUCCACAUCACAAUAAUAUUCAACCUAGAUCACCGUUCACUCAAUCAUUCAUUCAUUCAUUCAAAUCCCCAUUGAUUCCUGCAAUUAUUCCCUCAAUCUCCAUUUCUUCUCGCUGUCAAUCGUCUUCUUCUCUCCACAAUUUCCUCAAUUCCUCAUCAAUUUUGAGUAGAAGAAGAAGAAGAUGACGGAGAGCGAGAAGAAAGUUUCGCCGGUUUCCGAUGUCGGUGCAUGGGCGAUGAACGUUAUCAGCUCCGUCGGCAUCAUUAUGGCCAACAAGCAGCUCAUGUCCGCCAAUGGCUACUCCUUCACGUUCGCCACAACAUUAACAGGAUUCCACUUUGCCGUAACUGCACUGGUGGGGUUUGUGUCGAAUUCUACUGGAUAUACUUCAUCGAAGCAUGUUCCGUUAUGGGAGCUUCUUUGGUUUUCGAUUGUUGCAAAUAUGUCGAUCACAGGGAUGAACCUCAGUCUCAUGCUUAACUCAGUUGGAUUUUACCAAAUUUCCAAACUGAGCAUGAUUCCAGUGGUUUGUGUGAUGGAAUGGAUUCUUCAUAACAAGCGGUAUUCAAAGGAAGUCAAAGUUGCUGUUGUGGUGGUGGUUAUAGGCGUUGGUGUGUGCACCGUGACUGAUGUUAAGGUUAAUGCUAAAGGUUUUAUAUGUGCAUGUGUAGCAGUGCUGGCAACAUCCUUGCAACAAAUUUCUAUAGGCUCCUUGCAGAAGAAAUACUCGAUUGGAGCUUUUGAAUUAUUGAGUAAAACAGCUCCUAUUCAAGCACUCUCACUUCUCGUAUUGGGUCCGUUUAUCGACUAUUAUCUAAGUGGAAAUCUGAUCUCAAAUUACAUGAAAACCAUAUCUUCUGGUGCAAUCAUAUUCAUUCUGAUAUCAUGCUCAUUGGCGGUUUUCUGCAACAUCAGCCAGUACCUCUGCAUUGGGCGGUUUUCAGCAGUUUCAUUUCAGGUUUUAGGUCACAUGAAAACCGUAUGUGUAUUGACCUUAGGGUGGCUGUUGUUUGACUCGGAGUUGACUUUCAAGAACAUUGCCGGAAUGCUUGUUGCAGUUGCUGGUAUGGUGAUUUAUAGUUGGGCGGUGGAGGUUGAAAAGGCGGCGACCAAAAGCUUACCGCAUUCUAAACACAGUUUAACCGAAGAGGAGUUGAAUUUAUUGAAGGAUGGAUUGGAGAAAGGUCCAAUUAGGGAUCCUGAAUUCGGGGAAUCAAAAUAGAAAGAUCUCGCGUUAUAGUUUGCUUGUUCUUUAAUGUGUUUCUGUUAAUGUUCUUGUCCGAUGUGCAUUCAGAGAUUAGAUGGUAAAGGUGAGGAAUUUGAAUCUAUAGUUUUUAUGUAGCUAUUAAGCUCAUUUGUUCAUGCAACUAUAGAAAUUCUUGUGUUAAUUCAACAAUUUUACAUGUAUCAACUUUUUGCUUCAUUGUA